AUGCUGUCCAAGAGCGUUGUCGCCCUGUCCUGCUUGGCUGCUGUGGCUUCUGCCCACGGCGACCACAACCAGCAGAAGAACGUUGCCGGCCCGCUUGAGUCGCUUUGGUACAACACUCUGCCGGGCGAUGGUGGCACCCAGGCCGACUCCGUCUUUUCUGGCAUUUCUACCUUUGGUCGUCUGCCAUACCAGCCGUGUCUGGCUAACAAGAAUGUCAACUAUGACAUUGCCUUUAUCGGUGCCCCCUUUGACACCGGCACGUCGUACCGGCCUGGUGCCCGUUUUGGUCCGUCUGGUAUCCGCCAGGGCUCUCGUCGUCUGAACCUCUACGGAGGAUACAACGUGCCCCUGCAGACGAACCCGUUCAACAGCUGGGCCACCGUUCUCGACUGUGGUGACAUCCCGGUGACCUCGUACGACAACACGUACGCGCUCUACCAGAUCGAGGAGGGCCACAAUGCCAUCCUCUCACGGGCGCCGGCCACGGACGCCAGCGAGGUUGGCCCGGCACUGGGCGGCCGCACGCUGCCGCGUGUGAUCACGCUCGGAGGCGACCACACGAUCACGCUGCCGCUGCUGCGGUCCAUCAACCGGGCCUAUGGCCCCGUGUCCGUGAUCCAUUUCGACUCGCACUUGGACACGUGGAAGCCCAAGGUCUUUGGCGGCUCGCCCUCGCACGUCGCCAGCAUCAACCACGGCACGUACUUUUACCAUGCCGCCCAGGAGGGUCUGCUGCGCAACGACUCCAACAUCCAUGCCGGCAUCCGCACCACGCUCAGCGGCCCGAGCGACUACGAGAACGACGGGUACUGCGGCUUCGAGAUCGUCGAGGCCCGCGAGAUCGACACCAUCGGCACUGACGGCAUCAUCGAGCGCAUCAAGGCCCGCGUCGGCACCAAGAACCCCGUCUACCUCUCGCUCGACAUCGAUACGCUCGACCCGGCCUUUGCGCCUGCUACCGGCACCCCCGAGACUGGCGGCUGGUCCACCCGUGAGCUGCGCACCAUCCUGCGCGGCCUCGAGGGCAUCAACUUGAUCGCUGCCGACGUCGUUGAAGUGGCCCCCGCUUAUGACACCAACGCUGAGCACACCACCAUGGCUGCUGCUGAUGCCAUUUACGAGAUCAUGAGCCUCAUGGUCAAGCACGGCUCGCUCAGCAUUGAGAAUGAGAAGGCGUCCGAUAACGAAUUGUAA